AUGCUGCUCCCGGCGCGGACGGGACUGAACGGGACGGGGCAGGGGGGCAGCCCCGCCGGGACUCGCCCGCAGCCGCUGUCGCCGGCCCGCUGGCCGAGCCGCCCCGGCGGCGGCGAGCCCCGACAGAGCCCCGAGAGAGCCCCCGACAGAGCCCCGACAGAGCCCCGACAGAGCCCCGAUAGAGCACCGACAGAACCCCCGACAGAGCCCCGACAGAGCCCCGAUAGAGCCCCCGACGGAGCCUCGACAGAGCCCCGACAAGAGCCCCGACAGAGCACCGACAGAACCCCCAACGGAGCCCCGACAGAGCCCCGACACAGCACCGACAGAACCCCCGACGGAGCCCCGACAGAGCCCCCGACGGAGCUUCGACAGAGCCCCUACAAGUACCCCGACAGAGCCCAGACAGUGCCCCGACAGAACCCCCGACAGAGCCCCGACAGAACCCCCGACAGAGCCCCGAUAGAGCCCCCGACGGAGCCUCGACAGAGCCCCGACGGAGCCCCCGACAGAGCACCGAGAACCCCCGAUAGAGCCCCGACAGAGCCCCGAGAGAGCACCGACAGAGCCCCGACAGAGCCCCCGACGGAGCCUCCGACAGAGCCCCCGCCCGGCCCUGCCCGGCACCGCCCGGCACCGUCUGCACCGAUGGGGGGAGCGGCGGGACCCGACGGAUCCCCCGACAGAGCGCCCGACAGAGCCCCAGACAGAGCCCGCGCCCGGCCCCGCCAGGCACCGGCGGGCCACGCACGUCGGGCAAGAGGCCCCGGACCGCUUCGGCACCUCCCCUGGACCGAAGCACGCCUCUCGGCUUUGACACAGCCUCCCUUUCCUGACCCCUGCGCAUCUUACCCCCGGGACCGCCAGUCCCCGCAGCCAGCGGAGCGGCUGUCAGUGCUGGCGCAGAGGGAAUCGAUGGCGCGGGCUUUUUCGUGGCGUUGGGACUGA